CUCGACUUGAGUAUAACACCCUAGCAAUGCUGCAAGCUAAUUUGCCCGACUCCGCCAUGCUGCCAAGCAGCCAGUCGAGAGUACUCGCGGCGACAUGCCGGUACUUGUGUGUCCGUCUCCACGCACCGGCGCAGCCACCAUUGGCAAGCCGUGGUACGAGUCGCCCCAGGUCGCUCCCGGGUCCUCAACAAACGCGGAAUCGCAGCAACUCCAUCGCUGAGGUCCACCAAACCUAAUCUCGACGAUCCAUCCCUCUGAGCUCCGUAGCGUGGCUCUGCGAUGGCUGGCCGGAGGCGACUCGUCAGUUGGUCGUCACAAAACGCUGCCACGCCCGCCGGGGAGCACACAUCGCUACGGAACAGCGGCAACGGCACUGGCGGGGGCUUCUGGCGCGU